UCAGAAAUUCACAAAUCCUGUAUACUUAUAAUUAAGUAGAGAUUAAUUGAUUGAGUAGAGUUCAUCAUAAUUAACUAGUUAACUCAUUCUUGUUUCAGACAUGAAGCCGGACUUAUUUAUAUUGAAAGGGUGGAAGGAUGGGGUUUCUAACUCUGCUGGUUUUGGCGUUUCUGGUAACAACGUCAAGUUUAACGGGAAAUCCCUUAAGCUUGAUUUAUUUACUGAAGACGACACUGCCAUGCUGAACUUCAUUCGCCACAGCAUUGAAGUGGCAACUCCACCUUCUACCCAACCUCCGACCCCAGCAAUUUUCGUGUACGGGAGGACGGGUAGCGGCAAAACCACCACACUAUUCGGGGAUGAGGGUAGGACCUUGGGUCUCCUUCAUUUUUUUUAUGGAUACCUCAACAACCCUGAGGUCGUUUUUAAAGCUGAGGAAUGUUCCGAAAGUAAUUUUCGGGACAUGGUGAAGACUCGGAAUGUCCGGAUGGGUUGCUCCAAGUUUAUACCGGUGGCGGAAUUGGAAGCAGCCCCAAUUUCGAAACUCAAGUCCAGGAUCAGCAACCGUUUGAAGGAAGAGAAUGGAGUCCAUUCUUCACCUUCUAGAGGGAUUGUGCUUCUGGAAUUGACCAAUACGAGAACGCACCGAAAAUGUGUGGUCAUCGACAUGCCGGGCCUGGAAGGCAGGGAAGUUGAUGCCUCCAGACCUAGUGGAUCUCCAUCGACUCCUGCUAGCAAGACCACUAGGUGGAUUACGUCGAUAAGUUCCGGGUUCCACCAGUACAUCAAUCGGCCAUCAUCAAUAACACCCGUACAUCCGCUGUGGAGCAGCAUUAAUGAUGCCCUACCAGUCAACACCCUACGUUUUCUGGUGGCAUCCAUUAAGCCGCCAUACAACACGGCCAACAUAGCCUCCACAAUGGAAUUAUUGUGGAGUUUUAAGAGCCAACGCACUUUUCUGGCGGUGCCUGGAGUGGCCGUGAGUCCUGCGAGUGGCUCUAACGAGUCAGCUCUCAUCAUUCAAUUGAGAGCUGAACUUGCGGCUGCUCGUAACGAGAUCCAGGAACUACGAGCGGAACGGGACGCACUACGGGAGCAGAUUGCUACGCAUAGAUGCGUAGAUUCGUCUUCGACUCAACAACCUCCAUUACCUCCGGAAGGCACACCACCUCGAUAUUCGCGCCCGUCGUCGAGUUCUGCUAGUCAGGCUAAUACGCCACCUCGCCAGUCACGCCCGUCGUCGAGUUCACCUAGUCAGGCUAAUACGCCACCUCGACAUUCGCGCCCGUCGUCGAGUUCUUCUAGUCAGGCUAAUACGCCACCUCGUCUUCCUAGUCCAGCGUUGAGGCCUUCAACACCUUCGCCGCAGCCUGGUCCGAGUUCGCAAGCGAUCAUUAACUCUCCGGAACCUUCGCCUCCCGUUACGAGGUCAAAGCGAAGAAGGGUCUCGGACCACCCCUUGACUUUACCGACGGCUAUCGAAUUACGACCUCGAUACGCAAAACCACCCAUCGUCCGUCAAGACGCGACCGACGACGAGAAGGCUCAAGCGAUGAUCCAUGCUCUUGGACUCGACAACAUCGCGGAUGUUCCAAUGCUUGGACCGUCAGCGAAAGAGUUGUAUGCCGUAGACGAUCCUCAGCUCUUCAAGCGAGUAGACUGGAGUCAGUAUAUCCGACUCCAGAAUGAGUCGGGUACUCGUUUUGAAUGCGUCAAGUGUGGAAUGGACCUCAAAAGGUGCUAUGCAGUACUCCACACUUGGACGAUCGAGCUGAGGCAAAGUCUACGGUGUCCCGAGAAUGGAUGUGCUUUUACGUUUCGCUAUCCAUGCGAUAUUCCGGGACACCUCAAGACGGUCCAUAGCAUUGAACUGCAGCGAGGCAGGAAGCGGAAAAGGCGUUAA